CAAAGGGUCAUGGGCAUUUGCUAAAUUAUCAUGUAUUGAGCUCGAGUGAAACAAAAUUCGAGCAUCCGAAAAGCCCAACCUAUAGGUUUCAUUCCGUAAGGGACUCCUUCAACAAAUUGACUAGGUCCAGUCUCGAUCUUUUACGGAUGGCUGCCCCAUCUCCGCCGACAGCAAUACAUGUUACACAACAUCAGAAACCGGAGUCUUGGCUAGAUCAUUCGUCUACGCAUGUACAUUCUCGAGCAAGCCACGAACUAUCUCCUCAUAUGAUAGGAACGCCAUCAACUCCACUCCACGGAAAUUCGCCAAGGGUGCAUCAGAACACAUCCUCUCACCAGGAGCAUGGACAUAGGCGUGGACAUUCCCCAACACAUCUUCAGGUUGAAGACGUUAGGUAUCCACGAGAUAGAUUUCUAGGCUCCUCGUCCGCUCCCUCAACUACUCUCCAUUCACACCAAACCCCCGAAAAGUCUAGUCAUACCCACCACUUGGUAUAUGAACAUUCCCGAGCUGAGACCGUUAGGCCUAGAACGAAAUACCCUGAUAUUCGAGUCGAUACUCAUACGAUAUUCGAAGAUGAACGAUCUUCGUUGAGCUCUACGAUCCGUGCAUGCCAUUCUCCGCCACAACCUCGACAAAUCGUACUUGACGCAGAUGAGGCCACUACAUCUUGGGGCCAUACUUCAACUCUAGGACUAGUGGAGGACUCCGCCUCGAUUUCCAACGAAACAUCUGACGUCGAGAUACACCGUCCGAGUCCUAUUGCGCCUCCGAACCACGAUUGUAAUUGGAAAGAACGCUAUCUAGCAUUGGCGACAGAGAUCCGGUCACUGAAGGCCGAGCUAUCCACUCGAGCAUCACUAAGAGGCACGGAUAUUGAUUAUACGGGGUUUGGUGAUGAGAGUUCUACAAAUGAUGAUGAGGAUUUGGGUAUACUGGGAGUAACAAUUAUCCUGCACAUGAGGGGAAGAGAGGAUCUGGUUAUCAAGACGGACUUGACACAAGAUCCUGGAUAAGAUGAUACCAGCUAUGGUAUAUGUGGGAGUCGGAGGAUCAUUGACACUCGUUCACGAUGAGGGGGCACAAAAAUUAGAGGACGAGGGUAUCAAGCCGCUUGAUGAACUUAGAUGAACCUGUGGUAGUAUAGAGGAAACUUUUCGAUAGGUUUUACAUAUCAUUAUUAUUAUACUAGUAUCCAACACCCGUGC